AAAAUAAAAAACAGAUUAAUCCAACCAAAUUCUACGCUGUCAUCCACUCUCAAUCAAGUCCCUUCAUUUUCAUCAGCUGACAGUUUCGAUUCAAGAGAAAACCAACCUGUUCACUGCCUCGAUUUCGAACGUAUCAACGGUCUCCCCUCUCCGUUCCAGACUCUUUCAUUGUCGAAUCCUCAGUCUAACUCUCUGACCCACCUCCGAUCCUAUUCCAGCGACUCCACGGCAUACCCAGGCACCCCUCCUAUUAGUUAGGUUUUAACCGUGAAGUUCCGGUGAUUAUUUGCUUUUCCUUACCUGAAAAUGUCAUCAUUAAGGAAUGCUAUCAGCAGACGUGCUCACAAGGAACGAGCUCAACUAUCAUCGAGGAGAAAAUUUGGGCUUCUUGAGAAACACAAGGAUUAUGUCAUCCGUGCGAAAGCAUUCCACAAGAAGGAAGAAACGCUACGGAAACUCAAGGAGAAAGCUGCAUUCAGAAACCCAGAUGAAUUUUACUUUCAAAUGAUAAAAACGAGAACUGUGGAUGGAGUUCAUAAACCCGAGAGUCAGGCUAACAAAUACACUCAAGAAGAACUCAUGCUAAUGAAAACUCAAGACAUAGGAUAUAUACUACAGAAAUUGCGAAGUGAAAGGAAGAAAAUUGAGAAGCUAACUGCAGUGUUGCAUUUUGUUGAUAAUCAUCCAUCUAACAGACACAUUUACUAUGCCGAGGAUAGGGAAGAAGCUAGAGAAUUACAGUCACAAGCUUCAGAAAGCAGAGUUACUCCCCCUUCUGGUGAUAUCCCUGAUCUUAUUAAAAGGAAGACAGUUGCUUCUUACAGGGAAUUAGAAGCCAGGAAGAGUAGAGUGAAUCAGCUGGAGAAGCUAUAUAUGGAAAUGUCACUGAAGAAGGAAUUACAGAAAAAGGGUCGGAAGCGAAAACUCUGUGAAGACGAGUUAGUAUGUCCAACCUCCAAGCCAGUGUAUAAAUGGAGAUCAGAAAGAAAGAGGUGACAAAGAUGGUUGUGUUGGUGAAGGAGGCAAUUUGGCUUUAGCAGCUUUCCCCAUGUUUUGAGAGAGAUCUAAGCCAUAAAUAUUGAAAGUUUUGCAUUGUUAUGAUUUUCAGGGCAUGGGACCAAUUAUAUAUGAUAUGAGAAUUAUUAUUACUUAAAUGAGUUAUUUAUUUAUUUAUUAUGUCUGAACUCUAUUCAAUUCAA